CGAAUAUCGCUGAUAGCGCGGCCACAGACGGUUUCCACUGUCCGCGUGGACUUAAACCGCGAUGAACCUGUCUGUCUUUGCCCGGCUCAGAGAUGCCACUAAGGGCUGGAGGGUCUCCGUCUGACCGUGCUGGAGAUUGAAAUGGCGCGUUUGGCUUCAGGCGGGCUGUGGGGGCGCUUUCUGCUCUGCAUGCGUUCACGUCCCCACACUCCAUCCUGCUUUAAUGCACAUCACCGUGUGACAGAUGCGGGGGGCUUAGACAAGUUUGGCUCUUAUUCCUCAAACGUGAUAGUUUCGCAUUCAAAACGUGCUUACUAGCCCGCUUUUAUCAGCUCGCUCCUCAACUACUAUGAGCUUCUGUCUGUUUUAGUUUAGUAGGAAAGCAAACGCAACACCGACUUCUGUGUCUGGAUCUCAGACAUGGCAGUCAGGUCACAGGUACUUCACUAAAACGCCUGUUUGUCGGUGGAAAAAUGGAAAACAGAUUGGAUUCGAGCACAAAUAGGUUCCCUACGUAUGAAUAAGAGAGAUCAAGCGUUCAUGUGCAGGCAGGGCUGAGCUAAUUGGAGGCUAAUCCUUUGCCCCCGGGGGGCGAGAGGAGAGCCCGGAGCAAGACUUCAUCUCUCUCAGCCCCUGUCCUCUGUUAUUCGGGGAGGAAACGCCUGGCUUCGGUGCGCUCUCACGCUUCGCCAACAACAAAAAAAGAAAGAAAUUAAAAAAAAAGCACACGACUCGAGGACGGGAUCGAUCUCAUGCUUUAAAGAGGGUGAAGAUACAACAGCAGCGAUGUCUUCCAAGGAGGGAAGAAGCAUGUCUCGUCUCUCUCUGACCCGCUCUCCGGUGUCUCCACUGGCCGCCCAGGGGAUCCCUCUUCCAGCUCAGCUGACUAAAGCCAAUGCUCCAGUCCACAUUGACGUAGGAGGACACAUGUAUACCAGCAGCUUGGCCACUCUCACCAAGUAUCCGGACUCCAGAAUCAGUCGUCUGUUCAACGGCACAGAGCCGAUCGUGUUGGACAGUCUGAAGCAGCACUACUUCAUUGACAGGGAUGGGGAGAUAUUCCGCUAUAUUCUGAGCUACCUUCGGACCAGCAAGCUACUUCUUCCUGAAGACUUCAAGGAGUUCCAGCUACUGUAUGAGGAAGCCCGUUAUUACCAGCUGAGCCCCAUGGUGAAGGAGCUGGAGCGCUGGAAGCAAGAGUGGGAGCAGCGGCGGACGGCGCAGCCCUGUGAGUGUCUGGUGGUGCGUGUGACCCCUGACCUUGGUGAACGGAUCGCUCUGAGUGGUGAUAAGGCCCUCAUCGAGGAGAUUUUCCCUGAGACAGGAGAUGUCAUGUGUAACUCAGUCAACGCUGGCUGGAACCAGGACCCCACUCACGUCAUCCGCUUUCCACUCAAUGGAUACUGCAGACUCAAUUCUGUACAGGUGCUGGAGAGAUUGUUCCAGAAGGGCUUCACUAUGGUUGCGUCGUGUGGAGGAGGUGUGGAUUCAUCUCAGUUCAGCGAGUACAUCCUGAGUCGCGAGGACAGACGUUGUCAGACCAUCCACACUCCCAUCCGGAUAAAGCAGGAGCCACUGGACUAGCGAACAGUAACCAGAAACACCUCAAACUGACCCUCAGUGAGAGACCAGCAGUGGACAAGGAUAAAGACAGAAGUUUGGACCUCUCUGCUGGCUCAGUGGACUAUUUAGGACUUUGUGAAGAUGGAACUCUUUAUCCAAAUAAUGAAAAAUGUCAAGUCCCUAGACUGAAUAAAGGGACAUCUUUAAAAAAGAAAAAAAAAGUCUUGGCUUGGAGGAAAAAUUGCAUUCUGUGUAUUUUGGUCUUCCACUCACUACAGCACACUGUUACGAUAUUCAGUCAUGACCUCAUUCGGCAACUGUGUUUAAUGCAGAAUUCAUUUUUGCAUACUAAUGAGUCGUCACCUCAGCAGCCCUUUCCAAUCUGGAAAUCUAAUGGUCUCACGUUCGUUCCAGUCUCUUUCUUAAAUCAGAUCCCUGUGGUUUCUUGCCAAUGUCUCAGUACGUGAAGGAUGUGAGAACAGCGUUGAGAACAAAGGCAUUUGAUGGUGAGCGAGGAGCAGAGCAGGGCUGGCUGCCUGGACUGGCCGCAGGCGGCACGGCCAGCGCGCUCGGGCUGCUAAUGCAUUCAGAGCCGCGGAGAGGGACUGGCUGUUAGAGCACGACCGAGGGAAAACCUGCGCUUGUUUUGGAAGAGCUUUUCCGAUGGCUUUUCCAAUCCCCAAGAAAAGAGCAAACGAAAGGACAGUGGCGGUUCAUUUUGUCGGAGUGGCCAGUGUGCUUUUUUUUUUUUUUUUUUUGGUCAGCAGCAGUAUCCUUGUCAAGAACCACGUAAUUAAAUAGAAACUUAAAAAGGACACAAAGUCACAGAUUCGUAAACAUUGCUUGUCCAGAAAGUCAAAGAACAAUCUGCAAGUUAAAUGCCAGCGUUAUUCAUUUGGUUGUUGUGCCGUUUUUGUUUCUUUCCUUUUUUUUAAUCUAUUUAUUUUGUCAGAAACAAUACACAUUAACCAGAAACACUGCCUGUCCAGCAAGACGACUAUGAAAGUCAAAUAAAGAUCCACCAGAGACACUAGCAGUGCCCUCUGCAGCCACACCGAAUCUGUUUUGAUGAAGGCAGCUUUAGGUAGGGGAAAUGAGAGAUUACUCAGAUUAACGAAUGCGAGACUGCCUUUACUGUACGGUCGGAGUCGCUGGCGGAGCUGGUCCUACCAGAGCAGAAGGGGGCUUAGUGUGCUCCUUGAGGCCCCAUCAGGACUGAGGCGGAAGGGCACGGGUCAGAGAGAAGCUAGCCUCCUCCCCACACUGCCCAAGGAGCUGAGGUCACUUUCCCACAAUCCUUUUACUCAGCCAGACCCCCUAGCUAAACAGGCCCAGUCAUAGGGAGGAGGAUACACAGCCCAUGAGCGGCCAGAGGAAACUCGAAAGGUUACUUAGGUGGCCGGAAAACAGCGAACGAUGCUUAAUGUGUUGUAAAAAUGCACAUUUAAUAGCCAGAGUAUUCUUUAGGCUCUUCUCCGCAUAACCUCAUUACAGGGGCAAAGGUCCCAGAGAUGCCACCAUGCUCCACAAGAUCACACGCUGAGUGUUGUCUUAGUACGACAGCUCGAACGUGCUGAAACAUUAUUCUUCACGCUAUCCACCAAAUGUGAUGCUAUACCCUGUCUUAGCCCUUGCGCUGGGUGUUGUUCAGGCUCAGUUGGGCCCUUUGGCAUUUUUUUAUUUCACCUAUAAAGCAAGCCUUUAUGCCAGCUGUGCAGUCAUGUUUUUGACCGCGGCCUCAGAACUACACUGGGAGACCCCACUGAAACCACAAAGAAAGAAAACUUUUAAUUUAAGUACUGUUCUAAUGGAUGUUGUGUCGAAAUGUAUAAUUACAGUAAGGUGCAAAUGUAUAUUUAAAUAAAGUUCAUUUUUUUGUUAGUGCAUAAUUAUUGAUAUUCAUUGUAGUAUUGCAGGCAUGUGCUCAAUAUCCUUUUGUAAUUGGUGUUGAUCAAAUGGACUUUUAAUAAAUCUUUUUUUUUCCUAA